AUGAGAGUAUCACUUCCGGUCCUCGCGCUAGCUGCGUACUUCAAUGUCACGGAGGUGCUGCUGAAUGAUGGCGUCAACGUCUCCGUACUUCCUGAGCUCUCAGGCCUAGUAGAGCGGUCAGGACUCAAUGGCUGCACGACGGCUUACGACUCGCUCAAAGCCAUAUUUGGCUCCAAUGUAGUCAUUGAAGGAAGCACUGGAUACGUCAAAUUCAGCAGCGCUUACUGGAGUGCACAGCAGGAAGCUGUCAGUCCACACUGCAUCUUCUACCCUACAAAAGCUCUCGAUGUCUCAACACUAGUCUUGCUCUCACGCCUUACAGAGUGUCCAUUCGCUGCGAAGAGUGGAGGCCAUGCAGCUGUCGCAGGAGCCUCGAAUAUAGAGAGCGGUAUCACUCUCUCUGCGGAUAAGAAGGCCGUGGAUGUUCAGCCAGGUAACGUCUGGCACGAUGUUUACAGUGGACUUGAGGAGGACAACUUCGGUGUUGUAGGAGGCCAUGUACGUAGCGCCAUUGGAGUCGGUGGUCUCAUGCUCGGCUGGGCGUGCGACAACGUCGACUCCUUCGAAGUAGUGACGGCAUCUGGUCUGAUCGUCACUGCAACCCCAACAUCUUACUCAGAUCUCUUCUGGGCCCUUUGCGGUGGCGGAAACAACUUUGGCCUCGUCACCAACUUCAAGCUCAGAACUCUCCCCUUGGGUAAAAUGUGGGGAGGUGUCCGCGUCCUCCUCGAGUCCCAAUCCCCCGCUGCAAUUGAUGCCUUCAUCAACCUGGGCAAAAACCCCGCUCACGACACCAAAGCCGCUCAGAUCUUAUCUUUCGUCGUCCAGGGCGGAACAAAAAUCGCAUCCGCGCAACUCGAAUACGCCGAACCCAAGGCCAAUGCCUCCAUCUUUGCCGAAUGGAACGCAAUCACUCCUGCUGUAGACAACAUUGGAAAUCACACGCUCUUCGAACUCACAGAGAUGCUCUCCGCUGCUAAUCCGUACGGCGAAAGGCAAAGCUACUGGGCGCAGACGUACAAACUCGACAAGGACCUGUUGAACUACAUCCUCGACGUCUUCUACGAGGAAGGCGAUAAGAUCUUUGAUGUAGCGAACUUGCUGAACUCUCUGUCUCUGCAGGUCAUCACUCUCCCGCAGAUGCGAAACAUGCAGCAAAACGGCGGCAACACCCUUGACCUCGAUCUCACCCAGGGCCCGCUUCUACUAAUCAAUCCAGCGCCUGAUGCCGCCCACGAUGACCGCGUCAGCCAGAUUUUCAACACGCUCAUCCAGCGUACGGUCGUUGAAGCAAAAAAGAGGGGACUGGCGAGCCAGUACGUGUACAUGAACUAUGCGAGCAAGUACCAGGACGUUAUUGCAGGUUAUGGGGAGGGGAACAAGGCGAGGUUGCAGAGUAUUGCGAGGAUGUAUGACACGAAAGAGGUGUUUCAGAAACUGCAGCGGGGGUACUUUAAAUUGGAUAGGGCGCCGGCGACAUUAGGGUAG